UCGAUGAAACUUUGUAUAUGUUGCACAGGUUUUUCGUAUUUCACCGUCCACAAAGCUCUGCUGGAUGAAACAGAAGAUUCGAUGGCAGAAUUCUCUCAACCAGUUGCUCUUUGAAUUCGGACCAAAACGUUCGUCAUUGCUGCGCAAUAAUGGCGUUAUCAUUUUUUACGGUUGUUGUUGGCCUUGUUUGUCCCGUGAUUCUCGCUGGAGUAGCCGAGUCCAGUCGAAUACUUUGCAUCGAUCCCAGUAUCGGUAAAUCGCACGUACUUGUCACACAAACCCUGCUGCGAGGGUUAGCCGAACGUGGCCAUGAGAUUACGUUGGUCAGUUCUUUUAAAAUGUCGAAGCCGGUGGCAAAUUUCCGAGAAAUAGUGGUCCCUAUGAAGGAUGAUUUUUCCAGCAAGCAGAUGAAGAAAUUUCUCGAGAAACCACCGAACAUGCUGGUGGAAUUUCCUAACUUUAUGAAACGAGUUCUUGUUUUAGCCAACGAAACCGUAAACUACCCGGAAGUUGUAGCACUGAAGGAGGAGAAAUUUGAUCUCGUCAUCGUGGGAUUGUUUAUAGCGGACUUCGUUCUCGGUUUCGGUCCGCACUUUGGCGCUCCGACGGUAGUCCUCUGGACCGGUGCAAUAUCCAAAAUGUCGGCCGAUUUGGUAGGAAAUCCGAGGGAGAUUGCUGCCGGCCAAACCCCGUUCCUAGGUCAGUUGGAUAGUACGAAAUUUUCGUCACGAUUCAAAAAUUUCCUGAUUGCCGGUGUGGAGAAUGUUAUGGUAACCUUUGCGAUGUACAAACAAAAACCGUAUUACGAUUGGAAUUUCCCUUCGGAUCGCUAUCCGAGCUACGAAGAUGUGAGGAAAAAUGUGUCUCUGCUCUUACUGAAUAGUCAUUUCACACAUGCCGGUCCAAGGCCGUAUCUUCAGAACGCUGUUGAAGUGGGAGGAUUACAGAUUAAACAAAAGCCGGAUCCACUACCGAAGGACAUCCAGGAUUGGUUGGACGGCGCAGACCAUGGAGCUAUUUAUUUUUGCUUGGGAUCCAAUCUCAAAUCGACUGAUCUGCCUGCACACAAAAUGGAGAUUUUCGUCAAAAGUUUGGGCAAACUGAAGCAACGGAUUCUGUGGAAGUGGGAAGCGGAAAGUUUGCCGAACCAACCGACUAAUGUUAUGACGAAAAGUUGGCUUCCACAGGAUGAUGUUUUAGCACAUAAAAAUGUAGUGCUCUUCAUAACUCACGGAGGUCUAGGUGGUAUAGCAGAAGCCCGGUUUCAUGGAGUCCCAAUAUUGGGUAUUCCGAUUUUCGCCGAGCAAUCCGGAAACGUAGCAACCGUGGUCCGUGAAGGGUGGGGACUGGAGGUGAAAUACGAAACGCUUAGUGAGGCGACAUUGAGUAAAUUGGUAAACGAGGUCCUGACCAAUUCGUCGUAUCGUCAGAAAGCUAAAGAAAUUUCCACCCUUUAUCGGGAUCGACCUCAGACUGCAAUGGAAACGGCUUGCUAUUGGGUCGAGUACGUGAUUCGCCACAAGGGAGCUCCCCACAUGCACUACCAGGGAGCGGAUCUUAACUUUUUCCAGUUGUAUAUGUUGGAUGUCAUAGCCGUGAUUUUAUGUGCUUUUUAUUCAGCAAUUAAAAUUUUUAAGAUAGUUUACGCCGGAAUCGUGAAACUAGUUGGUAAAAAGCAGACAAAACGAAAACUUCACUAGAUUUUAUUUGAUAUUCUUCAGGGUGAACAGUAUUGAUAACAUGUAAUCGUGUUCCCUUAAAAAGAAUCCAACAGGAUCAUUCGCAUCUAUUAUUUUAUUCAAU